AUGUACCCCGGCACACGCCUGGGCAACGGGAGGGCAAAAGAAGAAAGAAAACUGAAUGGAGGUGGCGUAGAUCAGGAUUUCAGAUGGGAAGUGUUGUGUCUUUCUUUCUUUUUUCCUUUUUACUUGUUUCUUUAUUUCUAUUUGCCUCUGUUUAAUUCGAUUUGCCUCUUUCUUUCUGUUUCUUUCUUACUUUGUUUUUUCAUUCUGCUUCUUUCUUUGUUUUUUCUUUCUGCUUCUUUCUUUCUUUCUUUCUUUUUUCCUUUCUUUCUUUCUUUUUCUUUCCGCUUCAUUCUUUUUUGUUUUUUCUUUCUGCUUCUUUCUUUCUUUUUUCUUUCUGCUUCUUUCUUUCUUUGUUUUUCUUUCUGCUUCUUUCUUUCUUUCUUUUUUCCUUUCUUUCUUUCUUUCUUUUUCUUUCUGCUUCAUUCUUUUUUGUUUUUUCUUUCUGCUUCUUUCUUUGUUUUUCUUUCUCCUUCUUUCUUUCUUUGUUUUUUCCUUUCUUUCUUUCUUUUUUUCUUUCUUUCUUUCUUUUUCUUUCUGCUUCAUUCUUUUUUGUUUUUCUUUCUGCUUCUUUCUUUCUUUUUUCUUUCUGCUUCUUUCUUUUUUGUUUUUUCUUUCUGCUUCUUUCUUUCUUACUUUCUACUUGUGUUUAUUUCGACUUGGUUCUUUCUUUCUCUCCACUUGUCUAUUUAUUUAGACUUGGCUCUUUCUUUCUUUCUUUCUUUCUUUCUUUCUUUCUUUCUUUCUUUCUUUCUACUUGUCUCUAUUUAUUUCGAUUUAUCUCUUUCUUUCUUUCUGCUUUUUGUCAUACCGUACCUUGUCAUAGUAUAA